AUCCCAGAUGAGGCUACUGUAGUGGGCACUGUGCAGAUUGCAGAACCUUCUCGAGUUGUCAUCGGUGUUCAGAGGGUCAAACGUCGGCCCGUCGGCGAUAUCAAUGAAAGGUCCGUGUUUUCGUCGAGCGAGCCGAAAUCGCCGGAGGGAAAUUUCAUGUCUGAGCCGGGCGAGAUCCCCGUCGACAUCGAGACUUGGAGGAGGGUCGAGGUGCCGAUCGAGCUGAACCUUUCCUGCCAUAAGAUUCCGGGAUGGAGCCAGCCUACUACAGGUUCCUCAACUCGUCAGACUCGUACGUCCGGGUCAUCUGGCUCCAGACGAAGAGCAGACGGCUCGACUACAGCGUCCUCCCUCCUGGCCACUACCUCGACGUUAACACUUUCGCCACUCAUCCGUGGAUCUUCGAAGACAUCAUCACCGGCGACCACCUCCUCGCCGACUCCAAGUGCAUCUUCCUACCGGGCAACUGGCUCGAGGACGCGAAGGACGCCCUCAAGAAAAAGGGCAAGGUCCCCCCGCCUAACAUGAAGAUCUACCCAGUGAGGAAGAUCAUCAAGCUCACCAAGCCACUCCUUUCCCUGCAGAUCAUUGCGAUGAGGGCGAUCCGCGAGACUGGCAUAUCUAAGGAGGAGGUGGACAGCCUCGAGCUGCCCAAAACGCUUAUCGAACUUCUCAAAGGAGCAAUCGCCAGGAAGGAGUGCUGCAAGAACCACAGCCAGGUCUGCAACCUGUGCCCGUUUCAGGUCCAGCGGGCUCACUUCCAUAUGACAUGUGUCCUCCCAGACAGUCACAACUGACCUCGGCCAAAAUAAAUGGUUUGGCCGUAAAGUUCGAAUUUUCACACACUCAAUGUUGUACAUACAAUGUAAAAGAAGGACAAUUUACAAGGAAUUAUUUGUAUUUAUGUACAUAAUUUUUUAAAAAGGUGUAGUAUAUAGUUGCCGUAAUGUGUUUAUCAUUAAAUUAUUAUUGUACUUACAAAAUAAUUUUUUUUAUACUAAAAAAUGUGCUGUGAGAAAUAUUUGAAUGAAUAAUUUCACUAGUCUGGUUUUAUCUGAAGGGGCAUUGAAAACAUUAUUUUUUCCCUUGCUAAAUGUCAAUGUUAACCACUUGUUUAAUGUGAUAUUCACUUCAAACUUAAAUAACAAGUAUUUAUAAUUUUAUGCUAAAAAGUAUGUUUAAAAAAAAUAUCCUUUGUCUCCACAGCAUAAAAACGAUCAAGAGAACUAUUACUAAAAUAUUUUUAGAAAAACAAAUGAUUAAAUUUUGUUUAUAAAAAGAUGCUUUGUCAUAAUUUAAACCUUAAACGAAACCAAAGUUUUCAUAAUUGUUGGUAUUUUAAAAAUACCAUUUAUAAAAGUCUUCAAGUAGAAGUGGACGGAAUGAAAAUGUAGUUUUCUUCAAAUGUAGAAUUGUAAUUAUUUAUAUAAACUGAGUAAAUAAUUAUGUAUCUGUACAUAUGUAUAAUGUUAUGUAUUUAUAUGUAAGAAACAAAAUGGAGAAAACAUUUGAAUUCCAAUUUUGUUUAGUUAAUUUUAUUUGCAUUGCAUAGAUUAUUUUUGGUUAUGUCUUUGUAAAACAUUUAAUGUAUAUAUCUGUACAUAGAUUUUCAUUCAAGUAGUAUUUAUUAUUUUUCAU